AGAUUCUUUUCAACUGCGCUUCAAAUGUCCUGUGAGCCGCUUUGUGCUGCCACAUGUACUCGCGUGAAAACAAAACGAUAUAAAAUGCCGAAAAUCGGUCAAUUUAAUCUGUCAAAAGGUUAUUUUUUCGUCCAUUCAACAUGUUUUCCUCAGUAAUUUUCAUAACAUAACCUCAGAACUCCACAUAAUUUUGUUGUUACGUUCAUAUAUAAGGAAUUACUUUGAAGGAAACUCUUUCUGGUCCAGUGAAUCCGGCAUCAUUACAAACGUUCAAAAAUGCGCUUCAGAUUUCUCGGCGAUGGUGACUGUCCCGAUUGGCUUCUGGCAGAAAUCAACGCCUUGUCCCGAAUGACUUCUAUCAAGAUGAAGAUAUUGGCGCAGCUCGUUGCCAAGUCAAUCACGGACCAAGAACUCGACGAAGUGAGAGUGAAGAAGCUCACCCAGGACGCAAAACUAGAAUCAGAGGAUGCAAAAGCAAUAGUAGCGGCCCUCGAAUUGAUUUUGACGUCGUCCGCUCGUUACGGAGUGACACCAGCUGAUUUGAGCAACGAAUUACAGCAGUUGGGACUUCCUCGUGAGCACAGUGCAGCUCUCGCUCGAAUUCAUACGGAUGUUUCAUCGAGGAUUGUCAGCGAAGCUCUGAUCCCACAGUCACUCAGACGCAGCCGCGUAUCUUCCGUCGAGAUAAAACAGACCGGUGAAGAUUUCAGUCCGUUUUGCAGGAUUUCACUGAAUUUGAAAAAGCUUGGAUCCAGCAAGGAAGCCGAGGAGGUUAUCGACGUAGCAAAAGAUGAUAUCCCUGUUUUAUUGGCAGAGUUGAAGAAAGUUCGGGCUAUGAUGGAAGGGAUCUGAUCGAAACAAGGAGACGACAGUCGAUGCAACACCGAGCAUCGUCCCCGAAAAAUGUCAUACUUCCAUGUAAACCGAUUGGGUAUUUUCAUUAUUUUUAUUAUUAUUUCCUGUUAAACGAAUAUACAAAGUUUACAUUCAGUUCGGUAGCUGUAUAUAAUAUGGCUUGAAUAAUAAUUAUACGCUGUGACGAUAUAAUAGUGCCGCUGUUACAACUGCGCAUAUUUCGACGUAUCUUUACGCUCGCUCGAUUUAGUCACAAAAGUCACCGUCCUAUUUUCUUUCUUCGUUUUUUUUUUUUUUUUUUUUUAAUUAUUAUUUCGUUUGCUCUAUAUAUGCAGGGCGAUGAAGUUUCGAGUCGAGCCGAAGCAUAAGACAACCAUGCCAGUUACAAUGGAAUAAAUAUCAAAGCUAUAGUCUAAUCAGUCUUUAUACAAUAUUCGUACAUUCGUUAUUUCACGUUAUUCAUUGUAUUUACAAAAAAAAGUGCUCGUGACGUUUGAAUAACGUCGAGAUGACUCGAUCCAAGUGCCAGUUACAAAUUUAUACGAGCGCGAAGCGGAGAACUCUGGCAUUGCAUUACAUCAAUCGAUCUCAUCGCUUGUUUAUUAUCAUCUUCUUCACCACUGUUUUCAUUUCAUCAUUGUUGGGAACUCAUUCCGAAUACGGAACGGUUCUUAUCUUGUAAGCGAUUAACUUAAAAAAGAAUAAAUAAAAAAUACAUUUUUUUUCGUCGA